AUGCAGCCCGCGCAAGCACAAUCGCUGAGUGCCGCGCAGCCAGGCCCCUCAUAUGCACUGCAACCGACCCCAACGUCCUCGUCGUCCCGCAUGGAUGCCUCCCAUCAAACGUCACCAACACCUGAAUCGCGGCACACGAGAUCGCACAAUUCCGGCUUGCGCCUCAGUCACCCACCGCCACCGCCUUCACCUUCCUACCGUCAGCAGAUCACCCCACAAUCAAAACGGGUUCGCUUGAGCAACCACGAUGCGGAUUCUACCGCAAGCGCGACCGCAACAUCGCCUUUGUCUCAAAGCUUGAGCAUCCUUCAUCACUCCUAUACAAGCUCGACCGCCACUGCUCCAGGGUCAUCCUCAUCUCUACCGAUCGUCAAGCCACUUUCGGGCAUCUCGCGUCCUCUACCUUUACCUCCCACGCCGUCACGCUCGCAGCGGCCUUUAUCCCCGACCACUCGUCAUGACCUCUUGAUACCCAUGCCACAACGCAGCAUACAAGACUUUGAACAGCUCUUACCCCCGCGUCCGCCUCCCAAGACUCGAUUUCCACGUUCAAACGGUCCGCAACGUGCAUUGCUGCAGGCCAUUCCUCCUCAGCCUCCAGAACCAGCACCAGCACCGCGUAUGCCUGCAGCACGCGACCACAGUCCCCUUGCGCCCGCCACCGAGAUACUUUCGAGACGGCAGGGCUGGUGCCUUACUGGCUUUCGAUCAUUUGAUCUGGAUCUCGACCGCAUUGCAGAGGUUGUAGAGCGCGAACAGGCUCGAUUGGACCCAAACUCGGGCGAUCAGCAUUGUAAUCAAUCAGCGUUACGCGACGUGUCUCGUGCUGAUACUCCGCAUCUCGGUCUCCCAGACAGAGGCCUUCCUUCUGGAUCCAUCCUCGAAGUAAUCGGUCCGCCGGGCAGCGGCAAGUCUAGCUUGAUCCUCCAAUUCGCCGUCACGGAAAGGCUGCGUUCGUUACGGCGAGCACGAGAAUCGCUUACUGUGCCGCAACAGGCCGUUGGAUUCAGUAAUCAGCCAGGUCAGCAAGACGAAUCCUCGUCGACCGACUCGUGCUUCUUUUCCGAAGACUUCUGGGAUGCCGAAGUGGCUACUGCAGAUCAGGUCUUACUUAUCGACUGCGAAGGAGCACUGUCACCGGAAAGGGUCACCGACGCUGUCUGGUCUACGGUCACUUCACUCUGGACAUCGUUGCGGGACCAGCUGCCGAGACACGACGGCAUAGAUGCAGAGAAGCUGUUAGACCCUUCAGCCCAUCCCGCGUCGCCGCCGCAGCAACGGUCCGCGAUGCCAGAAGAGGUUCGUCGUUUGGUGGCAGCAGUGCUUGCUGGCAUUCACAUCAGCCGCGUCACCAGCCUAGCUAGUCUCAUCGCACUCUUGCAUUCACUCCGACCAACAGACGAAUUGCCAGAAAGCCAGCUCAGGAAGGCGAUACCCACGGCGCUGCCACCAAGAACAUCGCUCGUUGCCAUCGACUCGCUCUCCUACUUUGUCCGGACAACAGGCGGAAGCAGCCAAGAGCGCAAGGUGGCCGCACAGGUGAUGGAACGCAUCCGCGACAUGCUGCUGCGCCUUCAGAAACCGUUCGAGGACAGACCACCGUCCGAGCCGACGGUAGAGAGCCACGAAGCGCUGAGACGCAGAUGCGUAGAUGCCGCGUCAAAGUUGUGUGCUCCAACGAUUGUAUUCUCGAAUCAGCUGGGCGUCCGGCGCGGUCGCAACGAGUCGGAUGCAUCCGGCAGGGCCAGUCCGUCGGUUCGACCCUUUUUGGGUGCAGGGCCUGGUGGUCGAGGUCCCCACGCGGCAAGUUCACGCUCCGAGGGCUCGUCGAUGCUAGCACCGCUAUUGAAUGGUUCAAGGCCGUCACAGCCAGCGAGGCGUCGCGAUGAGCGGCCGGCGCCCAGUGUUGCGCUGGGUGGACCAGAGAUUUGGGACGACGAGGAUCCCCCAGCAUCCUCGCCGCGUCCACAAUGGCAACAGCAGCAACUGCUCGGAGCCCGCAACACGACCUCGCAGCCCAUGGGACACGACCGGGGGUGGCCGCCAAGUUUUCUGGGGCAGGAUGUGUGGCGGAUGUUGCUUUUUCGUCACGGCGCAUUUGGGCAUCGCUACGCACAGAUGGUAUCGGUACCACCAGCGGUGCAGAGCGAGCUGAGUGUGCUAUGGGCGCAAACGAGGGAGCGAAUCGAAGAGCGAGCUCGCAGCCGGCCCACCACUGCGAAUGGCCCCUCUGAACAGCAGACACAGGACGAAGUAGGAAAUGCAGGGGGUGCAGGGGACGUACCAAUGGAGCAGGCGACAGAGGUACAGCAGGUUGAUCAAGAGCAGACCUCAGCUGCAACUGCCCAAGAGUUUGGCGCAGAGCAGGAUCAGCAGAUGCUCGAAAUGCUCCGUCAGCUUCGGGCAAGCUUGUUCCGCUGGCGUCCCUUCCAUGUCACAUCGUCCGGCCUUAUCUCUUGA